AAUUGGUUUUGCGAUUCUCCAUCAAUCAGGGCGAACAACGGACAACCUCUCUCUCUCUCUCUCUCGCUCUCUCUCUCUCUGCCUUGUGCAAAGAUCGAUCACUCUCGCUGGGUUCAACGAUUAUUUCCGCUUGGGAAGUUUUAGUCUCUCACUUCAAAGGUUCUCUAAUGCUGUAAAUAGUUGCGAGAUCUUGUUUUAUUCUCCCCCCUCUUUCCUCCACUUUGUUCAAGAUGUCAUGUGAUGAAGUUUGGAAGGCUGUUUUUCCGCUACUGGAAGGCACGGACCUUGCUGCUUGUAUGGUGGUAUGUAAACAAUGGCGAGAGAUAGCCAGUGAUGAUUACUUUUGGAAGUGCCUAUGUGCCAAUAGAUGGCCUUCAAUCUGCAAGCAACCAUCCCCGCCCACUGUAACUUACUACAAGCUAUUCAAAACCUUCUAUAAACGUCAGCAUCGACGAACUCUUCUCCCACCAAGGCUGUCCUUCAAAGACUUGGAGUUUUACAUUGACAUUUGGGUCGAAGAGAGGUUAAUUUUAUCAGAAGUCGUCCCAGGUCCUGUUCUUCAGAAGGGGAGCUGGAUCCCACCACCGGGAAUUGGUGAUGUGCUUAGGUUUCACUUGGAGGGCCCAGAAUACAAGAUGACUCUACCUGUGCAACCAAGGUUUGCUGUUUCUCUGAGCCAGACAAUUACUGUCUCUGUGCUUAUAGGGCGCAAGGAUUCCAACAAAGUUGCUUGUAUAAUUAACAAAUCAGGAUUUGAUUAUAUAGAUCCAACAGCAUAUAGGGCCCAUGCAUUUGACUACCUCGACUUCUCCCCCCUCUACCCAUUCGUAUCUGGUAUACGGGCGUGGAUAUCUUUGCUCUUCAUGGAUCUUGGUAGUGUGGGAGUCAUUGAAGUUUUUGGAAUUGAAAUGGAUUUCUGUGAUGCUGCCAGCUCUGAAGAGGAGGUCCUGUGGCUAUUAGACAUGCUUGAUUGGAAGUAA